CCAUAGUCUAAAAGACAAUGGAAGACAUACUCUACCUAGUAACAAAAGGUGACUUUCUGUCUCAAAAAACAACGUCAUAGGGAUAUAUAUGUGAUAUGGAUGGAGUGAUGUUACAAAGGCAUACUCCUACCUCUGUGACUGCUGUUACCAUCACGACAUUCUAGGGUCUACCAUAUGAUAUGGAUGGAACAUAAAGGUGAUUUAACUCCCUGGAAGGAAACCUCUGUUGGUAAUCCAGGAAUAUUUUACUCUACAAUAACCGUGUUCUUGCUUCUGUCUUGUAGUACUCCAGUGAAAAGAGAUAUACAGCUAGAAAUUACUAAAGAAUUAGAUGUCUCUAAUCAAGGAAUUAAUGUGUAAUACUUGUUUGGCCACCAAUGGCGCCAGCAAACCGCGUGGAAAGAUCUUUACAUAGAGCUGGAGAAAGCUGCUGUUUAUCAAAGAAAUGAAAUAUGGUAUUUGACCAUGAUGGUUGCAAAAAUAUACUUUUGCCAACAGUUUGAAAGAAACGUGUAGCAUUAUAAAACUGCCUUGGGGGUUAGUGCGAUACAUGUAUAUAUCUCAUAUUAUAAAUGUGCCAAGACAUUCCACUGGCUAAGAGAUACUGGUGAGGUUAUAUAUAUAGCGUGCACAAGAUGGAGAUUUUUUUUUUUAAUCUUGCCUCAAAUCCUCAAUGUUGUAGAGAGGAUUACACUUGUAAGUUUUUGGCUUUUGCAUUUGAUCCUAUGAGAACCAAUUGGUCCACGUUGUGCAAUGCCCCUCCACAAUUAUCCCCCACACACAGCUCCCAAAUCUCUGUUCUUGAGAAAAUAAUGCUGCUUAAUUAGUUGUACACAGCAGGCAGAGGAUGCAGCUAAUCUUCCAGAUAAUCAAACUGUAAACUUAAAAGCUAGCUUAAGCUAAUAUAGGAACCCCAUAUGUCACAUCGUUGAAGAGGCUCUCAAGUCUCAAACCUCAUCAUCAUCUUCGUCGCCGUGUCGGCGACCAUGGCCGGACACCUGAUCUGAGCAAUGCCAAUCGUGUCGCCGGUGAAGGAGAAGGCGGCGAUCGCUUUCGACGCCGGCGAGUAGCCGCCGUCACCGCCGCCGCGAUCGAUCGAGCAAAGUCACCGGAGGAAGGAGACAGCUUCCGUUGGUUUUGGAAAUAUUCAGCUCAAGCAGUUGGAGCGAGUCAGUCCAAUCCCAACACAUCUCGCUCGGAUCCCCUCUCUUGGUCGGCAGCCGUCGUUGUCAUCGAUCGGGAGGCGUUGCCAUUGCACGUUUCAGCUUGUUUUUGUCGCUUAGUAGAAGCAAAGGAAGCUAACGCGGGCGGCGGCGGUGGCAAUGGCCGAUCGGCGCCGCAGCGACGGCGGCGGCGGCAUGCAGCAGCAGCCGUUCACGUCGCCGGGGCAGGAGAGGGUGUUCGACGGCGGCGGUGUUCCUGGGCAGGUGGCGGCGCCGUAUGGGAGUGAUUUUGAUCAGAGCUCUUACAUGGCGCUUCUCGCCGCCGGCGCCGUCGGCGUCGGCGUCGGGGUCCAGCCGACGGCGGCGCCGUGGGCUGUCGAAGAGGACGUCGCCGCGGCGCCUCCUGGGAUUAGCUUGGCACCUCAGUUCUCCAUGGCGAACUAUGCGCCGCCGCCGUCGUACCAACACCCUGCAACCCUCGUCUCCCCGCCGCUCGCCGCCGGCCUCCACCCCUACCCGCCGUAUCUCCACGGAGUCGACGCGCCACCGCCGCAAUGGCCUCCACGACCGGCGCCGCCGCCCAGCUUCAGCGUCCUCGACCUCGCCGCCGCGGCUGCUCCGCACGAGCAGCGCCACAGCAUGCAACAGCUGCUCCUCCGCGCCGCGGCGUUCGGCGGCGGCAUGCACGCGGCGGCGGCGCCGGCGCCGGCGGCCGCCGCCGCCAUCGAGCAGCCGGCGAAGGACGGGUACAAUUGGCGCAAGUACGGGCAGAAGCAGCUCAAGGACGCCGAGUCGCCGCGGAGCUACUACAAGUGCACCCGCGACGGCUGCCCCGUGAAGAAGAUCGUCGAGCGCUCGUCCGACGGCUGCAUCAAGGAGAUCACCUACAAGGGCCGGCACAGCCACCCCCGUCCCGUCGAGCCCCGCCGCGGCGGCGCCGCCAGCAGCAGCAGCUCCGCCAUGGCCGCCGGUACUGAUCACAAUGCCGGCGCCGCCGCGGACGACGCCGCCGCCGCCGACGAGGACGACCCCAGCGAUGACGACGACACGUUGUUGCACGAGGACGACGACGACGGCGAGGAAGGGCAUGACAGGGGUGUAGAUGGCGAGGUGGGGCAAAGGGUGGUGAGGAAGCCCAAGAUCAUAUUGCAGACUCGCAGCGAGGUUGAUCUGCUCGACGACGGCUACCGGUGGCGCAAGUACGGCCAGAAAGUUGUCAAGGGCAACCCACGACCAAGGAGCUACUACAAGUGCACGGCGGACGGCUGCAACGUGCGGAAGCAGAUCGAGAGGGCGUCGGCCGAUCCCAAGUGCGUCCUGACGACGUACACCGGCCGCCACAACCACGACCCGCCGGGGAGGCCGCCCGCCGCCGCUAACCUUCAGAUGCCUGGCCCGGCGGCCAUGAGGUUGGCCGGCGGUGGCACGGCUCAUCAGCAACCGAGCGGCGGCGCUCACCAGAUGAAAGAGGAGACAUAGCCGGGAGGAUGAAUUAACACACUCCUGUGUUGCACGGAUGCUUCUGUCUGGUGAUCUCUGUGUUUUCUUUUUCGCUGUGUGAAUAAUAAUAGAGAUGAAUGGUGAUUGAUUCUUUAAUUUGGGCAGAUUUUCCUGCCGGCUAGUUGUUGUUGUUGUUGUUGUUCGUCUUCUUUUUUUUUCGCGAAUACGCAAAAAGGCUUGCGUAUUAUGAUGGCUAGUUGUUGCUGUUCAUCAUGAUUGAUUAGAUGUCAGUUGUUUUUCUAGGGAGGCUGACAUGUUGGUUCUGGCUGCAGUUUGUCUGUGGCUGCUUCUUGGCUUUGCUUUUUAAUGGUUUGUACAGUAACUCUGUAUAUUUGUUGUUUUCCCUUGCAUUUUUCAAUGGAAAGAUGCUAGGGUUAGAGUGGUGGCUUUAACAUCACCACUGUAAAUUGUAAAUGGUUUCAGAAUGCAAGCUUUUUUUUUCUUUUUGAGGAAAAGUUUCAGAAUGCAAGUUAUUCGAUCAGCUGAAAAUUAGAUAAUGGAUUAGUGAAAAGUACAGCUUCUCACUGCAGAAUGCUCCUGUUGUCAUUCUUUGGCAAAUAAAUGAGUAUUUACACGAUGUUUAUGCAGCUUAAUGCAUAAAUUUGUGUUAGUUUCUACUCCACUCUCCCGAUUUGUACAGAUCUCUCUCUCUCUCUCUCUCUCUCUCUCUCUCUCUCUCUCUCUCUCUCAAAGUUA